UCAUGUUUAGCUGUUAGGAAAUUGUGAAAUGUCACAUCUUUGUCGUAACUUACUCACAUCGCCACACUUGUAGACACAUCACUGUUACUUGUGUGUGAUAGUAGCCAACAUGGACCACAUUAAAGACGGAUGGUUUACAGAAACGUGCACGUUAUGGCCGGGGCAGGCGAUGAGCCUUCAAGUCGAAGAGGUCCUCUACCAUAAGAAAUCCAAAUUUCAAGACGUUAUGGUUUUCAAGAGUAAAACCUAUGGCAAUGUCUUGGUUCUGGAUGGAGUGAUCCAGUGCACAGAGAGAGAUGAGUUUGCAUACCAAGAGAUGAUUGCCAACCUUCCUCUGUGCAGCCACCCGUGCCCCAAGAAGGUCCUGAUUAUAGGGGGUGGUGAUGGUGGUGUGCUGAGGGAAGUUGUGAAGAAUCCUCUGGUGGAAUCUGUGGUUCUGUGUGAAAUAGAUGAGGAUGUCAUCAAUGCAUCAAAGAAAUACCUCCCUGGGAUGGCUAAAGGAUUUUUCAGUCCAAAGCUUACCCUACAUGUUGGAGACGGCUUUGAAUUCAUGAAGCAGAACCAGGAUGCCUUUGACGUCAUCAUUACUGAUUCCUCAGACCCUGUUGGACCUGCUGAGAGUUUGUUCAAGGAGUCUUACUAUCAACUGAUGAAGGCAGCGCUGAGAAACGAUGGAAUUCUUUGUUCCCAGGGAGAGUGUCAGUGGCUCCAUUUGGAGCUGAUAAAGGAGAUGCGAACCUUCUGCAAAACUCUAUUCCCUGUGGUGGACUAUGCCUACGGCACCAUCCCAACUUAUCCCAGUGGCCAAAUUGGAUUCAUGCUGUGCAGUAAAAAUCCUGAAACAAAUUUCAGGGAACCAGUGAAAGCUUUGUCAAAAGAAGAAAUGGAAAAUAUGAGUCUUAAAUAUUACAACCCUGAAAUUCACAAAGCAUCGUUUGUCCUCCCUGAGUUUGCAAGAAAGGUACUGAAUGAUGCAUGACCACCUACGACAGCCCAACAUACUCAUUCUCUACCUAGCGCUCGAACCACAGAGAACCCUGUCCUAAGGCAUCAACACCUCCUGAAAAAGUUCAGCCCUGCUGAAGAGAGGAGCCUCUAUAAGAUUUGAUGUUGGAGGCUAAUAAGAACAAUCAGCAGGGUUGAGCUUACUGCCGGCAAAGAGAACAUGUUAGUUCCUUCAGAUGUUUCCUCCAAUCUUACACACUCUAGGUGUUAAUUUAUUCACAGGAGUUAUUUGGUUUGUCAUUUUUACUCUGUAAAUGUCUUAGCAUGUUGUGACGAGCGGUUUUAAUGGGUUGGCUGAGUAGGAAGCGCUUGCCAUCAAAACUGACCUCACGCUGAAACUGUACUGUCUAUUGGAUUCGCUCUACAUAUUAUGCAAUAUAUUACAUACUAUAUAGAGAAUGUAUGUGUAAUCUAUUGCCGUACUUUUAUUUGUAUUGUUUGAUAUCAAUCUGUGCUCAUAGGAAAACACGUGGAUGCCAUCUGUCAUGACUGUAUAUAUCCACAAUAAUAAUGUGUCCUCUACACAUAAACCCUAUAGUGCCUAAAACCUUUUUUUUUUUUUGUCAUUGAAAAAGCAACCUGGUGUAUCUAUCAUGGUGUUGUAUCUAUCCUCGAUAGUGUCCUAGAAAGCAUACUAUGUAUUUGCUUAAAUAAUCUCUUUGAGCUGUAACUGAAUGGACAUGGAAGAAGUUUACAUUACUUUUUAAUUGAUGCUCAUCACUUUAUAAGAGCAAAAUGAAAUGGUGUUAAAAAGGAUAUCAAGUAUGGCAUUGGAGCUUCUAAUGAAGGAACGUGGAUUUUAACAUGCAAAUUGAUUAUGCAAUUCUUACUUGCAGUAUUGGGUAGUGACCACCAGUAGUGAGUUUGUAUUCUGAGUCAUCACAUGGUCAACCAUCUUAAGUUAUCUCUUAGUUGUCAAUCCACAUAUUGAAUGUUUGUUGAGAAAUGGUGUUGUAAUUGAAUAAUGAUUUGUGUUUUUAUAAAAACUAUUAAAUUGGUAACAGAAAACGGACGAUUGGUUUCUAUGUCGGAUGUCGCUGACAGCUUUUGUGUCUA